GCGGCAUGAAGCUGACCGAUGAAUUCUAACGGGAGGGGAGAGAAAAAAAAGAGAGGAAAAUGAAAGAGCGAAGAAGAUAGAGAGAUACAGAGAAAGAGAGAGAGAGAGCGAGAGAAAGAAGGGGGAGGUAGAGGAGAGCCGGUGGACCAUCCUUCCAGCCGCUGCUGUAGAGGAGGUGCUUCGACAUGACAGCCCUGCGUCAGAGGAAGGGCAGCAGGGGGAAGGAGCCCCCGCUCGGUGCAGAGUCCCAGUCCCAGCAGGCCAACUGUUGCACCGACCAUCAUCCCGAGACGGUCCUGCACGGUGAUUGGUCAUGGGGGGCAAUAAUCUGGACGUCGCUCGGUUGGUCUGUGUCUGUUGGUCUCGGCCUUCUGUGCUGCAUCUACAUGGCCACGCUGCAUGAGAAUGACCUGUGGUUCUCCAACAUUAAGGAGGUGGAGCGGGAGAUCUCGUUUCGGACCGAGUGUGGACUGUACUACUCCUACUACAAGCAGAUGUUGCAGGCUCCGUCCAUACAGGAAGGGCUCUCGGAUUUGAUUCAUGACAACUUGACAGAAUCCAAGAGGACCAUCAAUCUCCUGCAGCGAAUGAAUAUCUACCAAGAGGUCUUUCUCAGUGUUCUCUACAGACUGUUGCCCAUACAGUCCUACCUGGAGCCAGUGUAUUUCUACAUUUAUACAGUGUUCUCGCUCCAAGCGGUGUACGUGAUCGCUCUGUACCUCACGGCAUGGCUGCUGUCGGGUUCCUGGCUGGCGGGCACGCUCACGGGUGUCUGGUACAUCCUAAACAGGGUCGAUACCACUCGUGUGGAGUUCACCAUCUCCCUCAGAGAGAACUGGUCUCUGCCCUUCCUAGCGCUGCAGGUCACCACCAUCACCUGUUACCUCAGGCCUCAGCUCACCGCCUUGCAGCAGAAGGUGGUGGUGUGGUUGAUGUACGUGACGACGUUCUGCUUCUGUCUGACGUGGCAGUUCAACCAGUUCAUCCUGCUCGUUCAGGCUCUCAUCAUAUACACAAUGGACUGUGCCGAUUUCCUGACGACCACACAGGUGACCACUAUGUACCUUGUCCAAGUGUGCAGUCUGCUGAGUGUGUGGCUCCUCCAGUUCUGUAACUCCAUGAUACUGGGAUCGCUGGUCCUGAGCUUCAUCGUAGCCGCACUCGUCAUCAGGCACUGCCAGUCCGGUCUGAAGACGGGAAGCACGCUGGCUCGUCUGGCCAAACUGCUUCUCCACAGCGCCAUGGUUCUCCUCCUCACCUUCACCAUCAACUACCUGACCAAGAAAGCUCUUCAGCUCAGAUCGGACGAACACAUCUUUAAAUUCAUCAAGUCGAAGCUCGCCUUGGGGCCGACGAGGGACUUUGAUGCCAGUCUGUAUCUGUGCGAGGAGGCCUUCGGCUUGCUGCCCCUCGACACACUGGAGCGCCUGGCUGGCACCCUGCUGCUGUACCCCUACGUCCUCACACUGCUGCUGCUCAGCUCCAUGUUGGCGGCGGCCGCACUGCAGAACCUCAGACCUAAAGGAGGUUCAGCUGAGGAGAGGAAAGGAGGCGGAGAGGGCCGAGCGGCGACCUUCCGUCCGGACGUGGCCUACAAUCUGCUGCAUACACUGUUCUACGGCCUCCUGGCCUGCAGCACGAUGAGGAUGAAGUAUAUAUGGACGGGUCACAUGUGUGCAGUCGCGGCCUACGGGGUGUGUGGGAAGGAGCUGUGGACUCUGCUCCUCAACACUCUACGCUGCAACAGUAAAGUUCUGUUGAGGCUCGUCAGACACGCGGUCCCGCUGCUGGUGAUCGGUUGCCUGUAUUACAGGUUCUGGCCGAAGCUGAUGGAGGAGCUGUCAGAACUGAGGGAGUUUUUUGAUCCAGAUACUGUGGAGCUCAUGACCUGGAUUAGCACAAAGACCUCGAAGACGGCGGUGUUUGCAGGCAGCAUGCAGCUGCUGGCCGGCAUCAAACUGUGCACAGGCAGGGUUCUCACCAACCACCCCCAUUACGAAGAUAAAGACCUGCGGGAGAGGACCAAGCAGGUGUAUCAGGUGUACGCCCGCCAGUCGCCGGAGGAAGUCCACGGCAUCCUGAGGGCCAUCGGGGCCGACUACGUGGUGCUGGAGAACAGCAUCUGUUACGAGCGGAGACACAGCCGAGGCUGCCGGCUGAGGGACCUGCUUGACCUGGCCAACGGACAUAUCAUGGACGGACCGGGAGAGAACCACCCAGACCUUGUCCCCGCCUCCCACCCUCGAUUUUGCGAGGCCAUCAAGACGGAGGAGACGGAGACGAUUCCGGCAGCGUACGGCGCUCUGUUCACCCGAACGUUCCAGAACAAAACCUUCCAUGUGUACCGGAUCAAGAAGAAGCGCAAGAAGAGCACCAAGAGCUCGACGGAGCCCAGUGUGACUCAGUAGAACGGGAGCGGGGUUUUUACAAGGACGAGAAGAAGAAGAAGAAGAAAAACGUUGUGGGGGGGAGUAGACAUAAAAGCACUGCAAUCCUCGCUGUUCCUCUAUCUCCUCUCUGCACAGCUGUGAUUAUGCCCAUUAUUUCUUCUUUUCUUUUCUUUUUUAACACAUGGCUCUGUGAACUGUGGUGGUGGAGCAGUGUGCUGGCUGAAGCUCGGGGCCCGCAUUGUUUUAGUUGGUGCAGGGUGGAGGGCGGCUCCAUCUCCAGCCCCGUCUCCCACCUCUCACUGGGGCACAUCAACGGAAAAACCACAACGGGGCCUGUAAGCAGCGUCUGGAACGCCACUCAUUUAGUUCCUUUAGAAAGAAGUCUGUGAAAUGAACUAAAUCCAUUGCUGCUUGUUAAUAUUGUUUUAUUUCACACAAGGUAGCAUUGAUCAAAUCUGGAUCCAAGAUCAAAUCUAAUUAUGAAAUUUGAGAUGAAUUCUCGUAUUUUUGUUUUGCUUUUCACACAUUUCAGCAAUACGUCAUAAAUAACUAAAAAGUAAGACAUUGCCGAGUCAAUUGUAACUCAACAUAUUGUAAUACAUAAUGUUUUUUUACAUAUUUGCUAUUGAGCUCUUCUUUGCCAAUGAAGUUCAAUGAAGGUGAGAAAAUCACAAGAUUUGUUGAGUUUUUCCCCUCAUGAACAUAAAUUAUUGUUUGAGAAAGUGCAAGAAGCCACUGCAGUUAUGACUUGGUCAGUCAAGUGUAUAAACAUUAGGGAUGAAGUGGGCUCUCACAAUGAGAUAAACACAGGCGCACGCCCAGCUGCAUUUGAACCGGGACGCCGUGGGCUCUUUGUGAACACUCCAAAAGUGGGAAAUAGGAGGAGCUCUAGGGAUUAAAAAAUAAUAAUAAUUCAAUAAAUCAUACACACUCGUUCUUUAA